AUGCCCAACUCUGACAUAGAUUUGUAAGUUUACUAGCCUGAAAUUAGUGAAAAGACCAUGAUAACUAAGAUAUCAUAUGCAAUAGUUAGAAAUAAGAUGUGUAGAUCUAUGAAGGUAUUGAAGAACGCUAAGAUUCCAAUUAUUGAGAUAAACACCCUGGGUCCAAUAGAUAAUGGAUUCUAUUGCCAGAAGUUGAAACGAAUUUUCUGUUAAGGUUAUGAUGAGAGAACUCGUUAAAAAUUAUCUGUAGAAAACCCUUAAGAUUCUGAAGUGUAUAUUGGAUGUAGUGCCUUUAACAUAAAAAAAGGUUUAGAGAGCAUUCUAGCAUGCUAAUGA